AUGUUUUCAAGGAUUCUGAAAUUUCACUCAUUUCUAAAGGCUCCUGUGCGAAAUUACAAUCUUCACGAGUACCAAAGUGUUGAAAUUCUCAACAAAUUCAAAAUCCCAACUCCUCUCUCCUUUGUGGCUCAUUCUCCUGAAGAGGCUGUCACCAAGGCACUUAAAAUUAAUCAACCUGAAGUAGUGGUAAAAGCACAAGUUCUGGCUGGUGGCCGUGGCAAAGGGCAUUUUAUCCCAAACGAAUUUAAAGGAGGUGUCCACAUCUGCCCUGUCGGAUCUGUACAAGAAAUUGCAUCAAAAAUGAUAGGUCAGUCUUUAGUGACAAAACAAACAGGAAGCAAGGGAAAGCCUUGCGAUAAAGUCAUGGUCGCAGAAAAAGUCUCUUUAAAGAGAGAGCUUUAUUUAGCAAUUUUACUAGAUAUUCCAUUUAAAGUGUCUCAUAUUUUUUAUUUUCUUAAAUAAUUUUUUAAUAUCUAUUAUUACAAAAAGCAUAGAAAAUACGGUGGACCAGUUAUUGUAAUUUCAUCAAAAGGUGGAAUGGACAUCGAAGAAGUGGCCAGAAAAGAACCUCAAGAGAUACAUAGUGUUCCUAUAAAUAUCCACAAAGGAAUCACCCCAGAAGUUGUUAACGAAGUUUCUCAGCUUUUAAAUGUUCCGAAAAAUUCAAUUGAAGAGGUCUUAAAAAAUCUUUACACUUCAUUUGUGAAAUUAGAUAUGAUUCAGCUGGAAAUAAACCCGUUAGGUGUUACCCAAGAUGAUAAAAUUUUAUACUCAUUUUAUAUGAAUUUCUAUAAAAACUGAUUUUAUAUUAGUAAAUAAUACAGGAUCAGAUGAAACAGGGAUAAUUUGUGACUCAAAAUUGAAUUUCGAUGAAAAUGCAUCAUUUCGACAAAAUGAAAUUUAUUCGCAAAGAGAUCUGACACAAGAAAACCAAGAUGAGAUUGACGCUCAUAAAUAUGGGCUAAGCUAUAUAGCUAUGGAUGGAAAUAUAGGGUGUCUAGUCAAUGGUGCAGGGUUAGCUAUGGCUACUAUGGAUAUAAUUAAGCUCGUAGGAGGAAGCCCAGCAAACUUCUUAGACGUAGGAGGAGGAGCCCAAGAAGACCAGAUUGUAAACGCAUUAAGAAUUUUGGAGACAAAUGACCAAGUUGAUGGGAUCUUUAUUAUACUUUUUCUGCAAAAAUAAUUAAAAAAUAUAAAAAAAGCCUUUAAUUUUCAUUAUACUUAACACAGUAUAAUAUUUUUGGAGGAAUCAUGAGAUGUGACAUUAUUGCCCAAGGGUUAGUAUCAGCUGCCAGAAAAAUCCACUUGACAAAGCCAAUUGUGGCUCGGCUCUGUGGAACUAACUGGAGAGAAGCCGGCGAAAUCUUAAGAAGAAGCGACAUGAGCGUUAUCACUGAACAAGACGAAGAAGAAGCUGUCAAAAAAAUCGUCAAAAUCUCUGAGAUCGCCCGAAUUGCAAAAGAUAUCAAAGUCCACGUUACCUAUUCCCCAGUAAAAGACUAUUGUGACUGGAAAUACUAG